UGCCGGUGCAAAAGCUGCGCAGACAGAGUGUUAUAUUAAUGCGGUGUCCCGUUCAACCGAGAGUGCUUGAUCACAACUGCUUUCAUUCUACACAGACCACAAUGUUCAUACUCGCUACAAUCAUCUGCAGUGUUGUUCUGCUCCUGCUUCAGCUGCUCCGGACACGCUAUAAUGCGCUGAGGCCCAUCCCGGGCCCUUUCUUGGCCAGUUUCAGUAAUAUCUGGAAAGUCGCCUCCGUUUACCGGCAAAACAUGCACCUAGACAAUGUGGCGGCCCAUCAACGCUAUGGAUCCGUCGUUCGUAUCGGUCCGCAUCAUGUCUCCGUGUCCAGCCCCGAGGCCUUUUCGCAGGUUCACGCCUCCCGGAGCGCUUUCCCUAAGACCGAUUUCUACGAAGUGGGUGCGCCUAACUUCCGGAACGGUCCGCUUGAGAACCUUUUCUCGAUCCGAGACCCUCACUACCAUGCGUCUCUGCGCAAGAAUAUUGCCGGGCUGUACACUAAAUCCGCCGUGAAGGAAUUUGAGCCGAAGAUCGGCGACUGCGUGGCGCUGUUCCUGCGACGCAUGAAAGAGGAACAGGCUAAGUCCUUGGAUAUGUCGUCAUGGUUGCAUUUCUACGCCUAUGACUGUCUGAGCGAGGUGAAUGUGUCGCAGAAGAUAGGAUUUCUGGAGCACGGACAUGAUAUGAACGGUUGGAUAGAGGCCGCUGACCGGGUGUUCCUGGCCGUUGGAUUGUUCACCCAAGCUCCGAUUCUGCAAUCGAUAUUCCGGAUGCUGUCGUCUGUUCUGCUGACUGAAAAGAGCGAGCCUCUUCUCCUGUUCACGAAUGAAAAGUUGGAAGAGCGUCAAAAGUCUUCCGAGAAAAAGACCGACAUGCUGAAUAAAUUCCUGACGCUCCAAGAGUCGCACCCCGAGAAAGUCUCUGCGCGUGAAAUCCACGCCGCUAUCUACAUUAACCUGUAUGGCCCCUGGCAUAUCUUCCUUGCCCUGCUUGCAACGAGAGUCAAACUGAUUGUUCGGGAUUGUAGAAUGGCCGGCCAUGACGUCCUCGCCAUCACCCUGCGCGCCAUUUGGUACUAUCUUGCGCAGAACCCGCGUGUCGUGAGAAUCCUGCGCGAGGAAAUCACGACCGCACGGAGAGAAGAAGGUCUAUCAGACGAUGAGAAUUCUCAGUUACCAUAUUCGAAGGCCUCGUCGCUACCUUAUCUGGACGCCGUAAUUCACGAGACCUUCCGCGUUCACCCCAACACGGGGACGAUUCUCGAGCGCAAAGUCCCAAAAGACGGUGUCACAAUUGACGGGUACUAUCUUCCCGCUAACACUACAGUGGGAGUAAACGCCUGGGUGCUUCAUCGCGAUCCAAUCUUCGGCGCGGAUGCCGAUGUCUAUAGACCGGAGCGGUGGAUUGAAGCGACUGCACAGGAGAGGACUGAGAUGAAAAAGCUAUUGUUUACGUUCGGCGCCGGCACCCACACCUGCAUUGGCCAGAACAUUGCCAUGAUCCAAACCGUCAAAAUCGUGGCGGAGUUCUUCUACCGAUUUAAUAUCGAGCUGACCCAUCAGCGACCGUGGAAAGUAAUGGGCAGUUGGGUGACGAAACAGACGGAAAUGGACAUGACGAUAACAGGGGCGUAGGAAAAUGCAACAAUCCAUGUACGAUAAACCCUAGUUAGUUUCACGAUAACUCACAGAAAAUUGAGCAAACAAGACCUAAUUUAACGCUAUAACCGGCCCAUGCAUAAGUGUUCAGUAGCGCCAACGUGGCGCCAGUUUUCCCGUGCGAUCAAGUGGGAAUC